AGCCAUACAUGCACAUACAUUUUGAGGGGCAGUGCCACCCCCAAAGGGGCACUAAGGGGUGUGGUACUAAUAUAAAUAUGGUGUGUUCAAGCACUUUAUUACGAUAUACUAACUAGUUAUUAAAAGUGAACGAUGCAUCGUGUUUUUCGCUCGAGGUGGCUUUUAUCCGGGGUCGGGGUGUCCUUGACAGUUGGCAUCGGUGCCGCUUUAGCACGAGCUGGUGACCGCCAUAAUGAAGCUCAAGACACGAGCAACCGACUUCUUGACCGUUUACCGAUCAUCCCGAUACCUAGCGUGGAUGCGGCAACAAAAAUCACUCCCUAUCAAGCGGAACAGAUCGCUGUGAAUACAUCCACAGAUGUCACGAAGUACGGUCUCCCUUCACUGUCCAACAUCAAGUCUAGAGAGUCUUACGUGAUCUCGUAUGACCCCAGAAACAGGACCGCGGCGUGGGUCAUCGAGAAGCUCAACGCUGAGACUUUAACCGGGACGUCGGACCGGAAGUUAAGCGAGUUCAAGGAAGACGAUUCGGUACAUGUUUACCACAGGUCGAGCAAUGCUGAUUAUAAAGGCAGCGGGUUUGACAGGGGUCACUUAGCUGCAGCUGCCAAUCACAAGUGGAGUCAGAAAGCCAUGGAUGACACAUUUUACCUGAGCAAUGUGUCACCUCAGAAUCCUCAACUAAACCAGCAUGCAUGGAGAAACCUGGAGGAAUAUUGUCGCUCUCUUAUCAAGGAUUAUCACAAUGUAUUUGUCUGCACUGGACCACUUUACUUACCCCAACAAGAGCCUGAUGGGAAAAUGUAUGUCAAGUAUCAAGUUUUGGGAAAGAAUCACGUUGCUGUGCCGACUCACUUUUUUAAGAUUUUGAUUCUGGAAAAGGCAAGAGGAGACGUAGAGCUGCGGUCUUACGUGAUGCCCAACAUGCCCAUAGAUGAGAAGAUUCCACUGGAAAGCUUCCUGGUCCCUAUUGAGAGCAUUGAGAGGGCAUCUGGACUGCUCUUUGUACCCAACAUCAUGAAGAAAACCAACAGUCUGAAAGCUAUUACUGCAGGGUCAUGAUGAGUUUACACUAAUUCAUUGGGUCUAAUAUUAAAAGAAAAAUACCUUGUUUUUUGCAAAUGCAAGUCACUGUCACACAUUCAGGAUAGGAGUAUUUUUACACUCUUAAAAAAUAAAGGUGCUUAAAAGGUCACUUCACAUCAUUGCCAUAUGAACCAUUUUGGUUCCUCAAAGAACCAUCAGUCAAAGGUUCUUAAAAUAACUCUUAUAUAUUUUAUAAUCUAAAGGAUCUUUUGUGAAACAGAAAGGUUCUUCAGAUGUUAAAAGUUCUUUGGGGACCAUUCAGCCAAAAAUGGUUCUUUUACACUCUAAUAAAAUGAGUGCUAAAUAGCACUAAAGCUCGUAAUCAUAGGGGAACCAUUUUUAGUGCUAUAUAGCACCUAUGAAGAACCAUCAGGGGGUGAUAUAGCACCACUAUAGCACCAAAUAUGGUUCUAUAUAGCACAAUAUGGUGCUACAGGUACUACAUAUUGCUACACUGUAAAAAAUGAUUUUCAAGAAAAAAAUCUUAGUGUUUUUGUCUUGUUUUCAGUAAAAAUAUAAAAAAAAAUCUUAAAUUAAGAUGCUUUUUCUUGAUGAGCAAAACGAUCCAGGAAAAUAAAUCUAGUUUUUAGACCAAAAAUAUCAAAUUUAAGUGAUUUGUGCAUAAAAAUCUGCCAGUGGGGUAAGCAAAUCUUUCUCGAAUUUAGUGUUUAAGAAAAAUUUUCAAGAUUUUUUUGCGUACCCCACUGGCAGAUUUGUUUGCUUUUUUUAUACACAAAAUCACUUAAAUUUGACAUUUUUGGUCUAAAAACUAGACUUAUUUUCCUGGGUUGUUUUGCAAGAUAAAGCAUCCUAAUUUAAAAUUAUUUAGAUAUUUUUACUGAAAACAAGACAAAAAUACUAAGAAUUUUUUUGUUAAAAAUAUUUUUUUGCAGUGUAUAUGGCACUUAAAAUGGUUCCCCUAUGAUUACGAGCCAAUUAACCACUUUUAGUGCUAUUUUGCACCAUUUAUUUUUAGAGAGGCAUCAUGGAUGACCUUUAUUUUUGGGAGUGUAUGCUGAUCAGGACAUGUGAUAAAACUACUGAGACUGAUUGUGUCAGUUACUGGAGACCGUCUGCCAUUUCAAUGUCUAACAGCUAUAAUAUUUGAUAAAGGAGAUAAUGUAUCCUUUACCAGUGCUAUUUUUUAUGUUUCAGUCAAAAUAUUUUUUCAAAUGAUGAAUUUAUGAGUGAAGGAUCCUCACACGCAGAAUGUUUUUAUUAUUGUGUUUUUUAGCUUAUUCCUAAUCAUUUAUUUACAUAAUCAUUUUAUAAUCAUUAGUAAUCCAUAUAAUUGUUUAUUUGAUUAUUCAAUAUUAUUUGUAUUAUUAUCCAUUUAAUUAUUAUCAUUUUUAUCAUUAUAUUUUCAUUUAUUCAUUCAUUAUUAUAUUUCUAUACUUUAUUAUAUUAUUUAUUCAUUCAUUAUAUUUCUAUAUUUCAUAUGUCUUAAUUCCAUGUUGGUCCAGUUUCAUAGAGCUGUUCUGUCUGUGUGUAAUUUAAACUGUGAAAUGUUGUUUGUACUGCUGAAAUAAAAAACAGCUUUAGUCAUA